AUGGCGGCAAUUUCCCCCGACACCAGAACAACUCCGCCAGCCCCCGCCUCUACAGCAUCGCCUGCAAAUAUCAACCUGCGGAACCCUCUACCGUUAUCUGCGGCACAAGAAGCACAAGUGAGGGAUUUAUAUUACAAACGGGUAAGAGGGCAUUGCGCGGCGGAAAUCAAAGAAUUCGCUGCCUGCGCUAUAAACCGGACCGUAACCGCAACGUGGGUGUGUCGCAAGCAACGCCUGGCCAUGAAUGCCUGCAUGGUUGAGCACGCGAAGCCCGAAGAGGAAGAUCGCGCGCGUGAAGAGUGGUUCACCAGCCGUGAAGAGCGGAGGAAGAAUCGGGAGCUAGAGGAAAAAAAGACAGAGGAGAGGCGGCGAGAGGUUAUACAAAUGAUGAGGGAUGAUGAAGAGAGGCGGCGGAGAGAGGAGGCGGAGAGCGCCAAGGGGAAGAAAGGGUGGUUUGGGUAG